CAGAGAACCCUGAAACUCCUCCAUCUUCCAUUUACGAUAUUCCACCGUUCCAUUUCGGACUCUUCAUUCGUGAAUCGCGAUUUUGAUUCCUUCUUCCUUCCUCUUCAUUAUUGGCCUUCUUGUUUCGCAUGUUCUCGUCGUUCCACUGAAGCUUCCUACCGUUGAAGAGUUUCGUUUCAGUCCUACAACAUCCUAGUUCUACUCAUAGAUAACGUACAGCUAGUAUGAAGGCUCUAAGGAACUAAAAUGCAAUGUUUAAGUGCUUGAGAAUAGAUGGCGCCACUCUUCCAGAGCUCACAGCCAUGGGUCGAGAAAUACCGUCCAAAGCAAGUGAAAGAUGUUGCCCACCAAGAUGAAGUGGUUCGAGUGCUAAUGAACACCCUUGAAACUGGAAGUUGCCCUCACAUGCUCUUCUAUGGUCCUCCUGGCACUGGAAAAACAACUACUGCCCUUGCAAUUUCCCAUCAACUUUUUGGGCCUGAGCUCUAUAAGUCUAGGGUGCUGGAGCUUAAUGCAAGUGAUGACAGAGGGAUUAAUGUUGUUCGAACAAAGAUAAAAGAUUUUGCUGCUGUGGCUGUUGGUAGAAAUCAGCACAAGAAUGGUUAUCCUUGUCCUCCAUUUAAGAUUAUUGUUCUAGAUGAGGCAGAUUCAAUGACUGAAGAUGCUCAGAAUGCCCUGAGGCGUACAAUGGAAACCUACUCUAAAGUUACAAGGUUCUUUUUUAUAUGCAACUACAUUAGCAGGAUUAUAGAACCACUCGCUUCAAGGUGUGCAAAAUUCAGGUUCAAGCCAUUAUCGGAAGAAAUCAUGAGCAACAGGAUAUCUUACAUUUGUAAAGAAGAAGGAAUCUGUCUUGAUCCUGAGGCUCUUUCAACCCUUAGUUCUAUUUCUCAAGGAGAUCUUCGUCGGGCAAUCACAUACUUGCAGUCUGCUGCUCGCUUAUUUGGAUCUUCCAUUUCUUCAGAGGAUCUGAUUUCUGUGUCAGGGGUUGUUCCAGCAAAGGUUGUAGAGGCACUUCUUAAAGCUUGCAAAAGUGGUAAUUUUGAUUUAGCAAACAAGGAAGUUAACAAUUUUAUUGCGGAGGGAUAUCCAGCUUCUCAGAUGCUUACACAGUUAUUUGAGGCCAUUGUUGAAGAAAAUGACAUAUCAGAUGAACAGAAAGCAAGAAUAUCCAAGAAGCUUGGUGAAGCAGAUAAGUGCCUAGUUGAUGGUGCCGAUGAAUACUUGCAACUUCUUGAUGUGGUCAGCAACACAAUGCAAGCUUUUUGUAACAUGCCGGAAGGAUUUGCUUGCGAUGGUUAAACGUUAGAUAGUCAGCUUGUCAAAUGGGGCAAUUAUUCUGCUGUAAAGAAAAGGGAACUGAUAUAAUUUUGUAUCACGAGAUAAGAUUUGGUACCCGUUGCUAACUUGCUUUAUGUAAAAUUGGAUUUUGAAGAAUUCAUCCUUCAUAUUUGCACUCAAGUAAAUGGUCUCGUAACGGCAAAUAUUAGACAGCAGCAUAGGACAUUUCUGAGUGCAAAAUUAGCGCCGCUGCUGAUAACGUGAAUAUGUAACGGAACAAUUGUGCUGUUUUUGCAGUCAUUU